CAGAGCCUGUCCUUCAGCUGCUGAGCUUGCUCAACCAGUGUUUCCUGUCUUCCUCCACUAGCCUCUCCAAAAUGUCUGUCAGAAUAACCAAAAAUACCUACAGGAGCACCACCUCUGUUCCCACUCGCUCCUUCAGCAGCCGUUCCUACACAGCUGGCCCCGUGGGCAACACCAGGAUAAGCUCGACCUACUCCAGCUAUGGUGGGAGCAGGUAUGGAGGAGGCAGCAUGCGGGGACCAUCGGUGGGCUACGGACUCGGUGCCGGGGGUGGCCUCGCCGCCGUCAGCGUCAAUCAGACCCUGUUGUCACCCCUCAACCUGGAGAUCGACCCCACCCUCCAGCACGUGCGGAAGCAGGAGAAGGAGCAGAUCAAGACCCUCAACGACAAAUUCGCCUCCUUCAUUGACAAGGUCCGCUUCCUGGAGCAGCAGAACAAGAUGCUGGAGACCAAGUGGAACCUGCUGCAGGGCCAGAAGACCACCCGCAGCAACAUGAACAGCAUGUUCGAGGCCUACAUCAACAACCUGCGCAGGCAGCUGGAUGGCCUGGGCCAGGAGAAGCUCAAGCUGGAGGCUGAGCUGGGUAACAUGCAGGGCCUGGUGGAGGACUUCAAGAAUAAGUACGAGGAUGAAAUCAACCACCGCACUGAGAAGGAGAACGAAUUUGUCCUGCUGAAGAAGGAUGUGGACGAGGCCUACAUGAAUAAGGUGGAGCUGGAGUCCCGGCUGGAAAGCCUGACUGACGAGAUCAACUUCCUGAGGCAGCUGUAUGACGAGGAGCUGCGUGAGCUGCAGUCCCAGGUCUCUGACACCUCUGUGGUCCUGACCAUCGACAACAACCGCAAGCUGGACCUGGACGGCAUCAUCGCGGAGGUUAGAGCGCAGUACGAGGAGAUGGCCAACAGGAGCCGGGCGGAGGCUGAGAACAUGUAUAAGAUCAAGUACGAGGAGAUCCAGGCGGUGGCGGGGAAGCACGGGGAUGACCUCCGUACCACCAAGACCGAGAUCAAUGAGCUCAGCAGGAUGAUCCAACGGCUACAGUCGGAGAUUGAUUCUCUAAAAGGCCAGCGUGCCAGCUUGGAAGCAGCCAUUACUGAGGCCGAGGAGCGUGGCGAGAUGGCCAUCAAAGAUGCCAACGCCAAGCUGGCUGAGCUGGAGGCUGCCCUGCAGAGAGCCAAGCAGGACAUGGCCCACCAGCUGCGGGAGUACCAGGAGCUGAUGAACGUCAAGCUGGCGCUGGAUAUCGAGAUCGCCACCUACAGGAAGUUGCUGGAAGGAGAGGAGAGCAGGCUGGAGUCCGGGAUGCAAAACAUGAGCAUUCAGACCAAGAUGACUGGCUAUUCAGGUGGGCUUGGAAGCGCAUACGGUGGUUACGGGGGAGGAUACAGCAGCUCAUACUCGAGCGGCGGCUACUCCCUGAAUUCACCCACACUGGAGAGCUCGGCUCUUGCCAGGUCAAAGGCCAUCGUGAUCAAGAAAAUUGAGACCAAGGACGGGAGACUGGUGUCCGAGACCUCCAACGUCCUGUCCAACUGAGCAGCCACCAGAUGAGCCUCCACAGCUUAAAAGUACCUUAAGAGAUGAGCCUUUCCUGAUCAGCUGGGCCACUCGGACUCUGGGGGAGACUGGGACAAGGGCUGGAGCCCAGGAUCUCCCCCCCCCCCCCCAAACCCAGCAGCGUUUGCAAAUUCUCUUGUGGUAAUCGAUGAGUCGUCUGAUGCCCCAGAUGCUCCCCCUGCCUGUCCCUCUCCUUCACGCAUGAGGAGGAGGAGCUGAGAACCCACCCAUUAGAGUCCAGAUGGCCAGGUUUCCAUCCCUUGCUCCUUUCUCUUUCCCUUGCUGCUCCAUCCAGCACAGUCUCCACUUGGAAGACUGGCUCAGGCCUGGACCAAGCAUUUUAAUCGGUGUCUCCCAGAGCUGUUAGAUGCAGAGAGUCACAAAUGCGCCCCGUGGUGCGAGCCCUGUGUGGGCACAGACUUCCUCUCUUUUCCGGGGGUAUGCGACCCCCCCCACUCCACCCCUUCCAUGAGGCUCCGUCCCCACCGUGCCAAUAUUCCAACUCCUUUCCCAAAUCCCCGCCUCCUCCCCUGAGUACGUCAUGUUCCUGCUCCUCCCCACCCCUCCUGGAGCGUGCUAAUGCUGCCAAACAGUUGUUUGGCGGCGGCCGGGCAGGAAACGCUGAGAGGUAGGCAGAGGAGUGGGGACGUGGCGCACUCGGGGGAGGAGGAGGUGGGGCGGGGGGUUGAGGGGAGCUUGGCUGCCAGUGGGUGCACAGCACCCACUAAUUUUUCCCCUUGGGUGCUCCAGCCCUGGAGCACCCACAGAGUCGGCGGUUAUGGCCAGAAUGCCAACAAUGUGGCAUCAUAACGUCCCUGCGGCAUGAUACCAGCCUUACUCAUUGGUCUGGGCCCCAGCAUCCCCAGGCUCUGAGGUUGUUGGAAAAUGGGUUCUUGAUUAUUACAAAAGGCCUCAAUCUCAUGGCAGUGGUCCCCAAACUGUGAGGUGUACCCCCCCCCAGAAGGGGUGGGGAGGGAGUGCUCCCCAGCCCCGUUCUGCCCCCAGCUCCAUUCCAGCCCUGCCCCCAGCUGCAGUUCUGGCCUCGGCCCCCAACUGUUGCCCCACUCCUGGCCACAGCCCCUGACUGCAGGCUCACUUCUGGAUGCAGCUCCUGGGGGGCUGCGAACCAAGUAAGGAGGUGGGGUCCGAGUUUGGGGACCAUCGUCUCACGGCCACAUGAUGCCAGGACCUUAACAGUCAGUCCACUGCUUUGUGGCUCUCUUCAUUGCCAUAACAUGAGAUCUCCUUCUCUCUGGGUGGCUGGGAGGGAGGAAAAGGGUGGUUCCCCCCCUCCCCCCCCAGCUAUCUGGGGGAGGCAAUGGUUGGGGGAAGUUGCCAGUUCUGUUCCCAGUGGGUCAGCAAUCAAGGCUCCUCUCCAGCUUGGGCAUCCCCGGUUCAAUGCUUGCUCAGCACAACUGAUGAUGGAACUAAAGCACUGAGGCCAACUCUGUGAAAUGUGUGAUUCUUCCUUUCUCUUCCACCCCCUCAACUGCCUUGUGUGCGGGGGGGAGGGGGUGUUGACAUUAAGCAACAUUAUCUCUCUUUCCUCCUUCUGCAGUACAAUGUUCAGAUGCUAGAGACUGAAGCUGUGUGUUGUGUCCUUUCUCAUGGAGGGCCGUACCAUCUCCAUUUUCUCAAUAAAGCUGUUAUUGAUAA